AAUCCAACCAAAGUGCAUUUUAUUAAAUCCCUCCAAUAUUUUCCUGACUACUUUCUCUCUUCUUUUUUUGAGGAAACAAUAUUUUUCUCAUUUGAAAAAUAAUAAGAGCAUCAGGUUCCUACGAAAUGUAAUUUUUUGAGUGGGUCCUACUUAAUGUAUUUGCUAUGCUACUGGCGCAUAAUCAAAUCAUGCUUAAUCAACAGCCACCACCACACUACCACUAACUAAAGCAGCUCACAUUUUUUGUCCUGCACCAAUUCGCUCCAAUGCAUAUACAUCGUACCCUUCCCCGUCCGUCUCUACCCGUUGCAUUCCCCCACACUCCAAGCAAAGCAAGCCGGCCAAGCUCGAGAGACACGCGCGCGCGCCGGCGGCGGCGGCGGCAUGGACGCGGCCAUGGCGCUGGCCACGGUCUUCUUCUGCCUCCUGCUCCUCUCCUCGGCGGCCAUCUCGCUGCUCCUCCUCCGCCUCUGCCUCGCCGCGCUCCGCCGCGCCCCCGCGCCCGGCUCCCCCUACGCCGCCGUCGACCCGGAGGCCGCCGCGCGGGCGGCACCAUCUCCACCGCCAGCAGCUCCACAGCAGCAGGACGAGCCGCCCGUGUCCCCGCUAGCGGCGUGGACGAAGCCGAGGGCGCCGGAGCCCCGGCGGCUCGCGUGGCGGGAGGUGGAGGCCCUGACGGGCGGAUUCGACGAGGCGGCCGUGGUUGCCCGCGGCGGGUCCGGCGGCGCCGUGUACCUGUCCAGGACCCCCGCGGUAGCCGGCGGCGCCCCGGCCGCAGUGAAGGUGCACCGGUGGUGCGGCGGCGGCGAGCGCCGGCUCGGCGCGUUCCGCCGCGAGCUCGACCUGCUCCGCCGCGUCGGCCGCCACCCCCGCCUCGUCGCCCUCCUCGCCUACUCCGACGACCACGAGGAGGGAGGCGCGCUGGUGCUGGAGUACAUGGCGGGGGGCACGCUGGCGGACCGGCUGCACGGCGCCACCGCCACGCCGGCGAUCACGUGGCGCCACCGCAUGCGGGUGCUCCAUGACGUGGCCGCCGCGCUGGAGCACCUCCACGACACCAUCUCCAUCGUCCACGGCGACGUGUCGGCCUCCAACGUGCUGCUCGACGCCGGCGGCCGCGCGCGGCUCUGCGACCUGGGGUCGGCCUGCGAGGGCACCUUCUCGGCGGCCGUCGCGCCGGCCCGGGGCGCGGCCGCCGUGGGGUCGCCGGGCUACGCCGACCCCUUCUUCCUCCGCACCGGCAUCGUGUCCAAGAAGUCCGACGUGUACGGCUUCGGCGUGCUGCUCCUCGAGGCCGUCACCGGCUCGCCGGCCGCCGGCGUGCCGGGUGCAGACGGCGGCGGGCAGUACCUGGCGGCCAGGGUGCUGCCGCGCGUGAGGGCCGCCGGGGUGGCGGGGCUCGUGGACGGCAGGCUGGGCGACGACUAUGAUGUCGCCGAGGCCGACGACGUCGCGCGGAUCGCCGUGGAAUGCGUGGCGGCGCAGCCCGGGCUCCGGCCGACCAUGGCGCAGGUGCGGGCGGCCGUCGCGGAGAAGGCGGCGAGGUCCAUCGCCGGGACGGACGGCGGCGACGGUGACCUCAAGUUGCUCGACUUGUUCCGCAUGACCAGCUAGCUGACCGGAGUACUGCACCCCAUUUUUCAGAAGCUCUAUUAGCUUCAUCUUCUUCUUCUCCUUGUGUGUGUGUGUUUUAGACAUCUAGUGGUAGAAAAAUGGAUUGGUUUAGUGUAGUGUCUAGUGCUAGAAUUGAGUGGGAUGUAAAUAUGAUUCGACUUCACUUACUUCCAUGAACGGAUGCAAUAAAAAUUCCGAAAAAAUAAUUUGUUU